AAGCCAUAUGUCAUUAAAAAAAAAAAAAAGGAGAGAUUGAAAAUGAUGAUGAGCCGGAUCAAGAUAUGGUGGGAAAAUAUUUAUUAGUGGUCAGUGGAUAUGAAUUCACUUCCUCUUAUCUUUUCAAAUUAUCUGUUUGGUAAAAAUGAAUUCCAUUCCUUUCUCCAUUGGAACACACAUUCUUCCUACAAAGCAAAACACAUUCAAAACUCCAUUAUUACUCUCUACCAAAAACACUCAAACAACACCUAACCAAACUCCACAUUUUAUCAAAUCCUCAGUACACGAAGCGGCAAUUAUUAGUCCAUUGUCUUCUUUGUUCAGUAGAAGAGAAGCUCUCAGUGCUAUUGGACUGAGUUUUUCGGCUAUUUUUUUGGAGGCGGUUUUGCAACCGCAGUUGAAUAUUGAAGCAGUUGCUGAAGAAACUACAGAAUGUGAAUUUACAGUUACUCCUUCAGGUCUUGCUUAUUGUGAUAAAGUUGUUGGUUAUGGUCCUGAAGCUGUUAAAGGACAAUUGAUCAAGGCACAUUAUGUAGGUAAACUGGAAAAUGGGAAGGUCUUCGAUAGCAGCUACAACCGUGGAAAGCCCCUUACCUUUCGUGUUGGUGUUGGUGAGGUUAUAAAAGGCUGGGAUCAGGGAAUUCUAGGAGGUGAUGGUUUUCCUCCAAUGCUAGCUGGAGGAAAGCGUAAACUGAAGAUUCCUCCGGAACUUGGAUAUGGGGUAAGAGGAGCUGGCUGCAGAGGAGGUACAUGCAUUAUUCCUCCAGAAUCAGUUCUUUUAUUCGAUGUGGAGUUUGUUGGCAAGGCUUAGAUUUAAGCAGCAAAAAGUAUAGUUUCUUCCAUUGAGCUGUUCAUGAAAUGAUUAUUCUUCUUUGCAGCCAAUUUAUGAAGGACUAUAUAUAUUUGUUAGGUUCAUUAGUUCGUCAAAGGGAAAAUACGUUGUAAGCUGCAGUGAAACAAUAAUGUCUGUUAAUACUUGAGAUCUUGGCUGUGCAUACCAUGAAGUGUUUGUAUAUUUUUUGUUACAUUUACAAAAACAAUCAUUUCAUACAGUACAGUUUAUAUAAAGUAAUUUUGCUGGGCAGCCACUUUUUACAGCGCCUUUUAA